AUGGCCGAAGGUCCGAUUAUCACAGAAUCCCAGAAAAUCAAGGCUACGUUGACGCAGCAAGUCGAAGAUGUCGAGGACGAUAACGUUGACGGUGGCUUUGACCAACGGGUCGAAAUCAACAUGGACGACCCUGAAGUUCAGAAUGCUGUGCGGGCGGCUCUGCAAAGCGAUCCAUUGUUGGCCCAGAAGAUCGUGGACAAGGCCCCGGAAGUUGGCGCCAUUGUGGGCAAAAUCAAAAUUGGAAAGGUUGUACCAGUCGGAACAAUAGAGCUAGCUCCUAUGCCAGAGCAUGACGCAGUCGGCGAAAAUUUUACCCAGGCAACAGCUGGCACUGCUGCUGCUGAUGACAGGACUCGGUAUCAAGAUACGUCUCUUGAAACUGGAAGUGGCCGAAUAUCAAUGAUUGUCGCCAUUACACAAGGUCUUCUGAAUAGUCAACUCCAAACCAACCAGAUCAUCAACAACUUGGGAACUCUGGAUGCCUCUAACGAUAGGGGAGACACAAUAAUGUCAGAGUUGCGUCCACCCAAACUCGCUCUUGACAUCGCCGGAAAUGGCGGGCCUUCAAAGGUUUUCUAUCACAUGUUUUUCGAUACUGGUGGAAGCUGGACGACGAAGAACGAAUCGGGCACCUUUUGCACUGUUAAUACCGAUGGCUGGGUCUUUGUUGCUGAGACCACUCUUACUCUUCAAACACUCGACAAGCGGUCCGAAGAGUACAACAAGGCGAAAACUGGUUUCCAUCGCAAUGGAAACUACAACAUCAACCGACUUAUCCUGGACUUGACAAAUGAAGGCAGCGUCAAACCUCGCAUGGAUCUGAGCGAAUUCGGUGUCCAGAUUCUUUCCGAGGGUGAGUUUGAGAGGUUUGCAUCGCUUGUGAUCAGUGCAUUGAGGGAUUCCUUCAAUCAAGCGUUGGCAUAUUCCCUUGAGGGAAUAGGCGCGGAGGUUGAAUCGACUUUUGCGCCAACGGCACAGCGUCUUCAAUGUUUACCGUACCGCAAAGACGGCAAAGACCCCAUAUCUGAGGGACUCACACAAGAGGGGGACAAAAACCUACUAGUGUACGUGAGCAUGACCCAAAAUCAGGCGUUCCCAGAAAUUUGGAUGCUUCCAUACAGUGGGAACUGGUGCGUGCCACCGAGCAUUCCUGCGACUAUGGCCAUCGGGCGGACAGUGUUUUUCGACAGUUUCCUGAUCCCGAGGCUCAAUGAAAUCAACAAGGCAACCUUCAUCAAGGCCACAGCCGCUCCCAAAAUGGAGAACAAAAUCAUUGUCCCGGUUAACAAGAGCGAGGUUCAUAUUAAUUGCAAAACAACGGUAGUCUUAUUCCAGCAGGCGAAAGGUUUCGGAAUUAAGCAAAACGGCAGUGUAAUGGUAGAGCAGACUGGUGAGAUCAUUAUCAAUCUCAAAUCGAUCAACUCUGGCAGGCUGGAACUCGAGAUGAAGAAAAACUCGUUUAACAUCAAGAAGAGCACUGAUAAGAGCUUCCUGCAGCCUGAAAAGAAUAUGAACAAUUUAGCGAAUAGCAUGCAAGGCAAGCUUGCAGGCGCAGAUUUGCAAGGCAAGAUUGCUGCAGCUGGUAGUCGCUUGACUACAGUCGAUACCUUCAUUUUACCGGGCAAUCAGCAGUUCCUUCUGGAAGAUGCUACUUUCAACGAUGAGCAUGAUCUCUUGGUUCAAGUCGGGUAUAACGGCUAG